AUGUACACCUACACUCCCACCCACCGUUUUUUGGUCCUCUCUGCCGCUGAGUCUGGCCCAUACGAUCCCAGCAAUAAGUUCCUGGUGCUGUCGCCCACCGAGUCUGGCCCUGAUCCUCGCGUCUGGGAAGACCAGCCCCAGAUUGAGACCAACUCAACCGAGCAGAGCCCUAAGAUGACACCCAGUCGUGCUCGUACCAACAGCUCUCUCUCGACGUCAUCUUCAUCCUCCCUCAGUGAUCUUGUUGCUACCCUACCCAACGGCUUCCUCUACCUUGGUCACGGCAAGAAGCAGUAG